UCCCCGAGGGCCGGGCAGGGUCUGUUCUCCUCUCCUCUCUUCUCCUCAGCGGACGCCAUGCCGCCCCUCCGGGUCCGGGUCCGGGCCGUCCCGCCACACCCCGGGUCCAUCGUAGCUGGCCGGAGCUGACUGUGGCCGCGGCUGCCCCCGGGGCUGCCAGGAUGUGGAUGGCGGUGGUGCUCGUCUCCUUCGUGGCCUCGCCGCUGUCGGGAAGCCCGGCGCCCCCUGGAGCCAUGAGCGGGGGGCCCCUGCUGGCCUGGAUGCCCAGCGGGGGCGAGCGGCCCUGCCAACGAGCGUGUCGGGGCCGAGGCAGGGGUCCAGCCCAGACAGGGGAGCGCCUGUGUAGCUGGUCCCCGGGGAGCCCGGGACGCUGUACCCUGCUGCCGUGCCCGCAAGGGGCCAGAUGUCGGACGGCCGGGACCCCGCCCGGCCCCGCCCUGCCGCAGCCGGCGCCCGAGUUCCGGGGAAGGAAUGGCAGCGUGCUGCCCCCUUCUGUGGCCCGCAGCCGACGGGAGUCACAGACGGGGACACCGGGGCCCGGCCUGCAGCUGCCCACUAAGACUCCCAGUGCCAUGAGUCCCUCCGCCGAACUCUCCCUAGGACUGGGGCAGGGGGCCGCCUCUCCCAUUUCCUCACCCACAGUUGGGACCUCUGCCCAGCCCUCCCCCGGGACCUCUUUCUCGGCCCGGCCUCCUUCCCAGCCCCAACCCAGUGACAAGGUCUUCCUGGCGACCAAUGGCACAGCAUCCACCAGCAUGGCACCAAACAGCACAGAACCCACCAGCACGGUGCCCAGCACAGCACCCAGCCACACAGUACCAAACAGUUCGACAUCCAGCCCAUUGUCACCAGACAUCACGGCGUCCGAUGGCACGACAUCCAAUCCCAUGCCACCCAAUAGCACUGCAUCCAGUGGCACGACGUCCAGCCCCGUGGCACCAAACAGCACGGUGCUUGCCGGCGUGACGUCUAGCCACUUGGCAUCGAAUAGCCCGGCAUCCAGUCCCUUAGCACCAUACAGCACGGCACCCACUGGUACGACAUCCUCUGCCAGCGUGACGUCCUCCGCCGGCCAGGCACCGAGCGGCCCGGCUUCCGGCAGCCCACCUGCUGCCCCCUGGCUUGGGACCACUGGCCCCGGGCCCUCCCCGGGGGCCCCCGUUGAGGCACGCGGCUCCUCUAGUCCGAGGGCUUCUGCCACUCCGGCCCAGGUGACCCCAGCGUUGACUCUGACCUCUCUUUCCUGGCUCCUGUCCCCCGGGCCCAGGACCCCCGCACUGGCCUCCCCCUCCGCGAGCUCAGCGCCCGGCCCGGGGACAGCCCCAGAAGCCUCCCCCGUCUCCACGGGGUCCCCGACCCGUGGCCCCCCACUCUCAGACGGCCCCUUCUUGGAUGCCCUGGGGCCCCCCCGGCAGGAAGCAGUGGACAAGAGUCUGCUGGUGGGGGUGCUACUGCUGGGGCUGGUCUUCCUGCUGGCCGCCCUGAUCCUGCUGGCCGUGCAGGCCUACGAGAGCUACGAGCGCAAGGACUACACGCAGGUGGACUACCUGAUAAACGGCAUGUACGCCGACUCUGAGCUGUGACCCGCGGGUCGCCGAGGCCUCGCCUCAUCUGCAGUCCCUCCACGGAGCGCACCCCCGACCACCCCGGGCCGGGCGGGGGUUGCUUUCAGCUAGUCCCGGUGGGGACAGUUUCCUCUUGGUCGGCGUUUGCCUGCCUGACGCGGUCCGGCCCCGCAGCGGCUCCCGCCACUGCAGAGGCCAACGGCUCAGAGUCCAAGCCUGCCCCCUCCUCCCUGGUCGACUUGGAGCUCUGGGGAGAAGGGGGACUGUCCACCCUACCCACUCCCCUGCUGCCUCCACCCGCCUGGUUGGUGUGGUCAAUUUUGAAUAAGCACCAGGGUCUAGACACCUGCUGUGUGAGCCCACCUGCCCAGCCCUCUCAGUCCAGACCUGUGGGGUGCCCCGUGCUCGCCGGGAUCCAUCCAGUGAUUCAGCCCCGACCUGGAUCGGCCAAAGGCCGGGAAUCCCUGCUACCCCCAGGGUGGUGGCAGUACCCGAAUUUCGGGCAAAGUCCAGGGCCAAUCCCAGGCGGGAUGGUGGGUGUUCCCACUGGCUGUUGGCACACCUGGGUGCCUCCUUUCCCCGCCCUCCCCCACCCCGGGCUCAGUAUGGCACCAGGAGGACGCCAGGCCGCAGGGCUGGCCGCGCCUGCCUUUCUGCCUUGGUGAGACCCACGUUCCUGCUGGCACCAAAGCUGAGAUGUAGGGCCUGGGGCCCUGGCCAUUCACAGGUCAUGGCAUUCUGGGUUGGGGAGGUGCAGGAGGAGGAGAUGGUAUGAUGGACAGUUGUGGCAUGGGGAUGAGGGGUGGAGGGCUAGGGGAAGGCGAAGCCUUGCCUGCUGGCCUGGGUGCUGAGCUGGCUCUUCCCCUGCUGGGUCCCAGGGUAAUAAAGUCUGAACCCAGUUGGCA